UGCAUCUCCGGUCACUGGUCUGUACCAUACCUAUUAUUUGAUCUCACAUGCCCUAAUCUCAGCCUACAGCAUGAUGGCGCCAAAAUUUCUGUUUUGUAAGCUGGCUGGAGCUUGGCCCCCUGUCGAGACUUCGGUCCGACCGCUACUUUGUACGACGUACUCUCUCAACCCGCGUACUACGUCUGUUCCCCUAAGCCCCGGCCAAUCAGGUUGCCCGCAUCCUUCCUUCUCGUCAAAUGAACGAUGGCCGAUACUAGCAACUCAAUGGACUUGAAAGUCCAGAUUGCUUUCAGGGUCUUCGUUGUCUUCAGCCUCAUCGUUAUUGUCGCCAAUCUGCACCCACAGCAUUCACUUGGUGCUGCAUGGUUUCGAUCGAUCUGCUCCUGCUUUCGCAGCUCGUUCCGGCCAAGGAUUAACGACCACAACGACACUCGGAUCAAAGAUAUACUGGAAAAGGAUGAAAAGAACGAAGUUGGUAUGUUUAGAUCGACCUCUAUCGACGUACCAUCGUCCCGGAUGUCCUUCGACGACACUCCACUGCGAACCAUUAGCGCCGGUACUGGUUCUAUUCAUACACUGAACUCGUAACAACCCACUCAGAUCUUCAAUAAGGCCCUGUGAACAAUGCCCUGCUCAGCGUCUCUCAGACGUCCACUCUACCACACACAUAGUCCAAUCUCCUUAACAUACUCAUCACCUAGCUGUGAUUUCACGAGACCACAUUCCGUUCAAUCCGAUGCUGGUUGCCCUUGAUAAGAAGCACUCAGCAUUGUAUAUCUUAGCGUUUAGCAUAGUGUAUCUUGUCC